AAAGCAGUUCGUAUACAAUUACACAUAAAAAUACGUAGUGAUUUGAGGUUAAAAUCUGAUGUUCAAGUCGAAUUUUCAUCCUCAGAAAAAUCUACGAAAAUAUAAAUUGAAAGGCAAGACUGAAACACUGCGAGAUGAAUCCUAUGUUAUGCACGAUCCGAGCUUGCAUCCGCUCUGCGAGACAAGUCAAAUACAGUACUCUACCCUCAGAAGCGGUAAUAUUUACGGAGGACAAUUGUAUGGUUGUCUGCUGGCAUCCGGAGAAAGCAUUUCCAUACGAGUGUUCCUUACCUCUGCCCGAAGAAAAGCCCAACACUUCUGUACUGUGUAUUGGAAACAAAGAAAUCACUGAGAUGUUUAGGAAAAAGAAGGAAUAUCAGGUUGUGGAAGAAUUAGCGAAAGUUACAUAUACUACCAAGCACAAGUGGUAUCCUAGGACCAGAGAUAAGAAAGCAAAAGAUACUGAACCUGACAGGCCAUACUUGUAACAUUCAACAAGAAUCCGAAACGUUUCUUGGUGAAAAAGUACCGUAUUUAAUUCACUUUACAUAUGUAGUUAUAUUCUCCAAAACGUAUAUCAAUAAAUGUA